AUGGCGCCUGCGCUGCGCCGAGAUCUCCUAGCUAAGGAACACUUCGGCAUUGUCUUUGGGGGUGUCAAGACCCAACACUACCAUGACCCAGCCACGAAAGGGCCAGGAUCGCAUACUAUCCGAACUCUAGCAUGGAAUCCUGCCGGCCAGCUAAUCGCAACAGGUUCUGCUGACCGUACAUUACGAAUCUGGAACCCCGAGCGUCCUGCUGUCCGAUACUCGACCGAACUGCGCGGGCACACCGCGGGCAUUGAGAAAGUCCUCUUCAACCCUGUACGAGAUGCCGAGUUGGCCAGCUGCUCCACCGAUGGCACAGUACGCUUCUGGGAUGUGCGCUCCAAGACAUGUGUGAGCCGACUCGAUGUGGGCGGAGAAGCGUUUACACUCUCAUGGUCUGCCGAUGGCAGUACUAUGGUUGUUGGUAGGAAGGAUGACACCUUGAUCCCAAUUUCUGUUCAAUCGCCUUCAAAUCCGACUAUCAUAGCCAACCAAAGCACAAGCCAUGGGUCCUCUUCAUUCUCUUUCCCCUCAAAGCCUGGCGCUUCAACCUACUCAGCCCUUACGCCGCAUCCUCAACCUAUCCAAACCAAUGCCACAACCUUCUCCCACCACAUCGCCUCUCCUUCCUCCCCUGAUCUCCACCUCUUCGCAACAACCGGCGAAGGUACCGUCAAGAUUAUUUCUUACCCUUCCUUCGACAUACUCCACACCCUACACGCGCACACAUCAGCAUGUAUGGCUAUCGCUCUUGCGCCUACAGGCCGCUAUCUAGCCGUGGGAGGCAGUGACGCGCUUAUCUCUUUAUGGGAUACCACUGAUUGGAUAUGCCGGCGUACUCUUUCUAGCGAAAAUGGUGGUGGUGUUCGUGGAGUUAGCUGGAGCUUUGAUGGGCGCUUCAUAUGCGGUGCUUGUGAUGAGCUUGGCUGCGGUGGGAAUGGGAUCGAGAUCUUUCACGCCGAUACUGGUGAGAGCGUCUACACUGUGCCGACUACUGGUGCUAAUGCUGGCGUCCCGGCUGUUGCAUGGCACCCGUCAAGGUAUUGGCUGGCAUACUCAACUACGAAUGAUGGGCCUGGAAAUAGCAAUUCAGGAGGAUUGAAGAUUGUUGGCGCUGCGGGCGGUGGUCUCUAA